CUCAUUUCUACUCCUCCUCUUAAACGAUUCUAGAUCUUUCCUCACUCCACAACCACACUCCUUCUCACACAAACCCUCUCUUUUCCUCCUCUUCCUUGCUCGUGUACGGCUUCAAAAGGGCGGAGAAGAUGGCCGAUUGGGGUCCGGUGAUAAUCGCGGUGGUGCUGUUCGUGAUUCUGUGUCCAGGUCUGCUGUUUCAAAUACCAGGAAGAGGAAGAAUAAUCGAGUUCGGAAGCAUGCAAACAAGCGGUGCUUCCAUUCUUGUUCACGCCAUCAUUUACUUUGGACUCAUCACUAUUUUACUCAUUGCCGUCGGCGUUCACAUCUACACUGGGUAAAGCAAACUCGUCGCACUGGAUGGAAAGGGGAUCUAGAAUCUAUAGAUGCAUUUUCUUUUGCUUUCUUGAUUUUCAAGAUCUUUUAUCUGUUUUUUUAGGUUUUUUAUUCUGUUGUGUGUACUUUUCACGUGUGGUUUAGAAGGUGAAUUUUUAUCUGUGAUACUGUUUUUUUGUACUUGAAAGUUGUUGAUACUGUGUAACCCCAUUACCCCACCUUCCUUUUCGGAAUAAGAAAGUAAGGGAUAAGGAUGAUUUUGUUUUGUGUUGUGAA